UGAGCUGUGGAGAGCCGCUGUGGGAGAGCUGCGCCUAGUCUAGCUGAGCCCAAUUGAGCGGAGUCUCCGGAACCGGAACCGGAGCCAGACCCGGAGCCGGACCUGCAGCGGAGGCUGAGGGGACCGAAGCCCGUAGAUCUAAGUGUUCAUUCCAGCAUGUCAGAGGGGGAGACCCAAACAGCACCCAGCAGUGGUUCAGAUCCAAAGGCAGAAUCCUCAUCUUCAGCCCCAGGGUUGACUUCUGUGUCACCUCCAGUGACCUCCACAGCUUCAGCUGUUUCUCCAGAGGAAGAGGAAGAAAGUGAAGAUGAGUCGGAGAUCCUGGAAGAGUCACCUUGUGGACGUUGGCAGAAGAGGAGAGAAGAGGUGAACCAGCGGAAUGUCCCAGGUAUUGAUAGUGCUUACCUAGCAAUGGAUACAGAGGAGGGUGUGGAAGUUGUGUGGAAUGAAGUGCAGUUUUCUGAGCGAAAGAACUACAAACUUCAGGAGGAAAAAGUUCGUGCUGUAUUUGAUAAUUUGAUUCAGCUGGAACAUCUCAACAUUGUUAAAUUCCACAAGUAUUGGGCUGACAUUAAGGAGAACAAGGCCAGGGUGAUUUUUAUCACAGAAUAUAUGUCAUCUGGGAGUCUGAAACAAUUUCUGAAGAAGACAAAGAAGAACCAUAAGACCAUGAAUGAAAAGGCUUGGAAGCGGUGGUGCACACAGAUCCUUUCUGCUCUUAGCUACCUGCACUCGUGUGACCCCCCAAUCAUCCAUGGGAACCUGACCUGUGACACCAUCUUCAUCCAGCACAAUGGACUCAUCAAGAUUGGCUCUGUGGCUCCUGACACCAUUAACAAUCAUGUGAAGACUUGUCGGGAAGAACAGAAGAAUCUACACUUCUUUGCCCCCGAGUAUGGAGAAGUCACUAAUGUGACAACAGCAGUGGACAUCUAUUCCUUUGGCAUGUGUGCAUUGGAGAUGGCAGUGCUGGAGAUUCAGGGAAAUGGAGAAUCAUCUUAUGUGCCACAGGAGGCCAUCAGUAGUGCCAUCCAGCUAUUGGAGGACCCACUUCAGAGGGAGUUUAUUCAAAAAUGCCUGCAACCUGAACCUGCUCGUCGACCUACAGCCAGAGAACUACUUUUCCACCCUGCACUGUUUGAAGUGCCCUCACUUAAACUGCUUGCUGCACAUUGUAUUGUGGGACACCAACACCUCAUACCAGAAAAUGCCCUAGAGGAGAUCACUAAGAACAUGGACACCAAUGCUGUAUUGGCAGAAAUCCCUCCAGGACCUGGGAGAGAACUGUAUAGGACCCUGUAUUCUCAGUCACCAGCUCUGGAGUUGGAUAAGUUCCUUGAAGAUGUAAGAAAUGGGAUCUAUCCCCUAACUGCCUUUGGGCUACCUCGGCCCCAACAGCCCCAACAAGAGGAAGUGACUUCACCUGUAGUGCCCCCAUCUGUGAAGACUCCAACACCUGAGCCAGCUGAAGUAGAGACUCGAAAGGUGGUGCUGAUGCAGUGUAACAUUGAAUCAGUAGAGGAAGGAGUCAAACAUCAUCUGACACUCCUGCUGAAACUCGAGGACAAAUUGAAUCGGCAUUUGAGUUGUGACUUGCUGCCGAAUGAAAACAUCCCGGAGUUGGCUGCGGAACUAGUACAGUUGGGCUUCAUCAGUGAGGCUGACCAGAGUCGCUUGACCUCUCUGCUGGAGGAGACUCUAAACAAGUUCAAUUUUGCCAGGAACAGCACCCUCAACUCAGCUGCUGUCACCGUCUCUUCCUAGUGCUUACUCCUGUGCCCUGGGCUGUGACUGUAUCAGGCCUGCUGCAGCCCCUUCUGUCCCGCCCCUCCCCUCUGGGAGUCAGUAUUACCCAGUGCAGCUCUCUCUCCCCUUGCUAUUUAAGAGGGGGGCGGAAGGCCCUGGAUUCGAGCAUCAUCACUCCCCUUUCCCCUUUCUUCCUCUUCCCCUGCACUUUGUUUACUUGUUUUGCACAGAACUGAGCCGUGGGUACUCAGCUGCUCUUUCCCCUUGGAGGCGGUAUUGAGUGGCUGAUUUGCCUUCAGGCGUUCCGCCAGCUUCCUCGAGCCUGCCCAGCCUGUGCUGGAAAGAGGUUGGGGCAGAGGAAGCUGAUUACACAAUCCCGCUAGGGAGGACUGGUCUGGAGAAGUGGGAGGGUGCUGCAGUGUGGCCCCUUGGGGCUGUGUGACUCAGUUGCUGCUGUAAUAAAAGUCUACUUUUGCUAA